AAAGGGCAUUAAUGGGUGGAAAUGGGAAAGGUACAAUUUUAGAACAUUUUUGGAGGAACAAGUUUGGUGGGGUAAAAUGGAUUAGAAUAGAGAAAUCCAAGUAACAAUAUAACAUCUACAUAAUGGAAUGAAGACAAAAAAGAAAAAAGAAAAAUAUGGAGAAGCGUGUCAAUAUUAGGCCAUCCAAUAUGGUCACACCUCAUUCAUUUUUAUUGUUAUAAGGCAUAGUCUAGAUCUUCCAAAUCUCAACACCCCAAAAAGAUUUUCAUUCCACUUCUCUCCUUCACUUCCCAAAUCCUUUCCUCUUCCUAAAUUCCUACAAAGGACAAAGCUAUAUAGCUAUUAGCCCAUUCCUACUCCUACUCCUCUUUCCCUUCCUCUAUUUCUCUCUCUUUUUCUCUUUAAGAGAGACAUAAAACUGAGUCUUUGUUUGCAUGAAGUGAUUGAUAGCCAAGUAAAAAAGUCUUGCCUUGGUUGACUCAAAAGAAAAGAAAAAAAAAAAAGGGAAAAAGAAAAAAAGUUGCAGCCUUUUUUGUUUAUAGGGUUUUGGGGGUUAAUCAAAGAGGGUAUAGCUAGGUAGAAAAGGAAUUGAAGGGUGUAAAAGAAAUGGAAUGGGUCUUGGGAUUUUGGGUUUGGUUUGUGAGUGUUGUUAUUUUAGGUUGGUUUUGGUUGAAGAGGAAGAAGAAGAAUCAUAUUGGAAACAACGAUGGGAUUCCUAGAGGGAAUUUGGGUUGGCCUUUCUUUGGUGAAACUCUUCAAUUCAUUUCUUCUGGCUAUUCUUCUCGUCCUGUCACCUUCAUGGACAAACGCAAAUCUCUGUAUGGGAAUGUGUUUAAAACCAACAUUUUGGGGACACCCAUUAUAGUAUCAACUGAUUCAGAGGUGAACAAGGUUGUCUUACAAAACCAUGGCAACAUAUUUAUCCCAGCUUACCCAAAAUCAAUAACAGAAUUACUUGGUACAUUUUCAAUUCUAAGAAUGAAUGGAAAUGUUCAAAAAAGAGUUCAUACAUUGAUAGGAGCCUUCCUAAGGUCCCCUCAACUCAAAGCCCAGAUUACACAAGAUAUUCAAAACACUGUUCAACUUAGACUUUCCAAUUGGAAUUCCUCUCAAUUGGUUUAUCUCCAAACUGAAACCAAACAGAUCACAUUUGAGGUAUUGGUGAAGGUGUUGAUGAGUGUGGGACCUGGUGAAGAGUUGAAGAUUUUGAAAAGGGAGUUUGAAGAGUUUAUCAAAGCCUUGAUCUGUAUACCCAUCAAAUUACCUGGAACUAGGCUAUAUAAAUCUUUGAAGGCCAGAAAGAAGCUGUUGAAAAUUGUGAGUAAGAUUGUGGAAGACAGAAAAUCGAGGGUGGAGGAGAAGGUUGCACCGAGGGAUGCGGUGGACGUGCUCUUACAGGAUCACGAUGAGAUUCAAGGGCUACCAUUGGAUUUCAUCAGCAGUCACAUCAUAGAGCUGAUGAUUCCCGGCGAGGAGACGGUGCCGAUGGCCAUGACACUCGCCGUUAAAUUUCUCAGCGAUUGCCCCCGCGCUCUUGCCCAAUUAAUGGAAGAGAAUAUGAAACUGAAGAAGCAAAAGAAUGGUUCUGGGGAGGAGUAUAGGUGGACGGAUUACAUGUCUCUGCUAUUCACUCAAAAUGUGAUUAGUGAAACAUUAAGAAUGGCUAAUAUCAUCAAUGGGGUUUGGAGAAAAGCUCAAAAAGAUGUGCGAAUCAAAGACUAUUUAAUACCACAAGGAUGGUGCGUCUUGGCAUCUUUUAUCUCAGUUCAUAUGGAUGAAAAGAACUAUGCAAACCCACAUCAGUUUGAUCCAUGGAGAUGGGAGGAAAAUUUGUCUGCAACAAACAACCAUAACUUUACACCUUUUGGAGGGGGACAGAGGCUAUGUCCUGGCAUCGAACUCGCCAGGCUCGAAAUCUCAAUUUUCCUUCAUCAUCUCGUCACUACCUACAAAUGGGGAGCUGAAAAGGAUGAAAUCAUCCAUUUUCCGACAGUGAAGAUGAGAAGGAAGCUGCCAAUCACAAUCACAAACUUAAGCUCUUGAUUGGAUUCAAUCGUUUCAACAACUUCAAUACCAAGCUGUCGAGGAAAUAAGGCAAAAAAGAUCUUCAUACAGAUGUAAAUAUAUUCAAUGACCCAAGUUUUUUUUUCUUUUUUGUGAGAUAGAUAUAGCUAGACAGACCCACGAGGGGUCCUCUUUUUUAAGCCAUAACUGUACUGAUACAGGAAUUCUAGUUUUACUUUACAUGGAGCUCCUCUACCAUUCUGAAUUAUGAUUCUUGUUCGUGCGUCGCCAUCUUUUUGACAGUUCAAAAGGGUCCUUCCUUUGUCCAUUUCCUCCAUUGAAUAGCAUUCAUUGUACCCAACUCCAUGUAUAAAGUUUUUUUGCCUUGAAUUCCCCCCCUCAACAUUUUGUGGUGAGGAGCUUGCGGGAGACUCAAAUUGCUAGUUUGGAAUAUUGCUCAGAGAACAAGAAGUUCAUCUUUUGACAA